GAUCAAAAUUUAGCAUUCAUUCGAACUAACUUUUAGAGCCUAACUACUUGUCGUCGCAAGUCGUGUGUAGUGAGUACGCGCGUGAAAAGAGGUAUUGUUUAGCAGCGUCUUUGAUUACUAUCUUCCAUCCCUCAGUAUAUGUACUUAGUGCUCACCAGCAAGAGACCCCAUCUGCUGCGUCGCCGUGUCGUACCCCGUUGUCCAAAACUGUUGGCGGCGGCGCGGAAAGCACUAAACGGCGCUUGGGAAAUUAUUUAUUGUUUAACCGUCGAACGGAACGGAACGGAACGUGAAAACGGGUUUGGAAAAAUAAUCAGUCGGGAGUGUCGCGCGUUGGACUGUGUCUCUUGGACUGUGAUAAGCAAUGCCAGAAUGAAAGUGAAAUCGGAGCUUUUCCUGGAGGUAGAAUGUGCGAAACAAUGACAACAAGUGAACCGAUCGCUCGUUACGAAGAGUUUGGAUGAUUUGGGCUAUAGUUGAGCGAUCUGAGCAGUGAGGGGGGUGCCAGUGUAGUGAAUUCGAUAGAUUUCCAUUCAUUAGAGUAAUUUUCAAUCGUAUUAUUUUACCGUGAGAGCGGAAACUGAAGCACGCUGAAGCAUGGUUAGGCCAGCAUCAAGAAUAUUUAUUAAGCUUCUCGAAUUAUUGGCAUGUGUUGCAUGUAUAAUCACUAAAAUCAUCACCGAUCAUGAGUCACAGCGAGUAUUCGUGCGGAAUCAGAAAUUAUCUAGAGAAUGGAGUCUGAUACACAACGUCACCUGGAGCAGUGGUGGCAAUGCAUUUACCAAUAUCGUUUACGGAGGCUACACAAUUGUCAUAGCGCUAAUGCUAAUCACAAGAUGUGUGGAUGCCAAAUCAAGACCAACGCUUUUCGAAAAGAUUGUACUAACGCUGGGGACGUUGCUAUUCUUCGCCGCUGGUGGCCUGGUUUUUGCCUCGAUAGACCAAGUACAUCCGGACCUCCAUGACAACGCAAUCAUAUUGGGCUGUUUAUCGUUCUUGGUGGCGAUACUGUUCGUGAUAGAUUUGGCCGAUCCGCUGGCUCGCAUGACCGCCCACAUGACCCAAACCGAUAGCUCCUCCAUGACAAACGUUUCCCGAGGAUCGGAUACCGAAAAGGCAAUCGCACUGAAAAAAGAUGUUUCAACCGAUACGGAAGCACCGGUGUAUCUGAUUUCAGGUCAAGACCGCUACAAAGAUAUGAAUGAGACGUCGUCAGAUCGCCGUCGAUUUGUGGAUGCAGAUGAACGAGAUUAUCCCGCUCGGGACGAACCGGAUCGGCGAAGCUAUCGUAAAUCUGAAUCCAGACGCCAGAGCUAUCUGGACAGCAUUGGGGAAGGGCUCGAUUACAGCAGGGAAUCAAUCGUUGAACGUAAAGUGCUUCCUUCAGUGCAAACUCCGGUGUUUGCUCAUGUGCGACCAGCACCGGAAGAAAGUCGUCGGAUAGCUGGUAAGGAAAUUCAGUACCUACCUCGGUAUGAUUACCGGGACCGACGGGACUAUCGUGAUGCGGGGCCUAAUCUGAACCGUCAGUCGUCACACCCACACUCACCAAAAGCACCUUCCUACCACGAUAACGAAUCAUUCGUGGAGGAAAUCUCACCGUCUCGACGAAGCACAUACGUACCAGCGGACAAAUUCGACAACGAAGCAGUUCAGAUGAAUCCACGUCCGAGGCCUCCACCUCCAGCUAAACCAACAACUUCGCCCAAGGCGAGUCAUGGAUUUGCUUCAGGGUCAGGAUCAAGCUGUAGUGGUUGCAACUGCUCUCAGCGGAGUCAACCGGGAAAAAGAAGAGAUCAAGGACGGGAUGAACCGGACAUACCAAUCAAACCGGGCUACGUAGCCAACGCUGCCAAAAAGUGGGAUGAUCGACUGAGGAGUAAAAGCCAGCCUAUAAUCGGAUUGAAUACCAUGGUUUAGAGCAGUUGGUUAUUCUAAUGCCAGUACAGUUCAGUAGAUGUUUAAUAAAACUAUUUUGCUAGGAA